UUGUUCCAUGCACAACCAACAAGAGAACACAACGGAAUCAUUCCUCACAUUCUCCAUUAUACAUUGUACAGUAAACUCCACUACUACUGACAAGCAAAUAUACUCUGUUUUUCUCAUCAUAAUCCAUGGCUGACACUCAUGAAAUCAGCUCAGAACAUCAACGAUUCGGCCUGCCCGGGUUCCGAUUCCACCCGACGGAGGAAGAGCUGGUCGAAUUCUACCUCAAGAACGUGAUCUUCGGUAAGAAGCUCAUCAGCCUCGACGUCAUCGGCUACCUCAACAUCUACCGCUACGAGCCCAGGGAGCUUCCCAGAUUGGCGAAGACGGACGGGGAGAGGGAGUGGUAUUUCUACGUGCCGAGGGACAGGAAGCACGGAGGGAGCAUCGGCCGGCCGAACCGGACGACGGAGAAAGGGUUCUGGAAAGCGACCGGCUCGGACCGGAAGAUAUGGCGGCUGUCGGAGCCCAAGCGGCAGAUUGGGCUGAGGAAGACUCUGGUUUUCUACCAGGGCAGAGCUCCACGAGGAACCAAGACCGAUUGGGUCAUGAACGAGUACCGCCUCCCUGACUCUUCAGCUCUUCCCAAGGACAUUGUCUUGUGCAAGAUCUAUAGGAAGGCAACUUCUCUGAGAGUCUUGGAACAGAGGGCAGCAAUGGAAGAACACCAACAACUACAGCAACAACAUUCCUUCAUGAACAGUAACCUCGAUCCAUUAUCAUCACCAUCAUCCCCUUCACUAAAUACCACCACCAUGUCCAUGUCGCCAGACCCAUGGGCCACAGCGUCCGGCCCGCUCCAGGACGGCCUAUUUCAAUACCAGAACCCUGGGCCUCCCGACGUUGCGAACCGACACGUGGCCUUUAUGAUGAAGACGGAAGCUGCUGAUAUUGCCACCAACUACGAUGGUGGUUAUUGUGACGAUGGCGGGAGCGAGAACUACAGAACGGUGACGACGUCUGCUGCCGACGUCGUUUCAGCUUCUUGUACGUUGCUGCAGCAGUUCCCGCCGCCGCCGGCGGCGGAGGGAAAGGUGAUGAACCAUUGCAAGUUGCCGGAGCUUCAAGUGCCGAGCAAGCUGAGCAGUACAAUUGGGGAUUGGAGCCAGGACCCUUUUUGCUUGAUCAGCCCUUGGCUACAUCAGAAUUUGACCCCUUUGGCUACUCUCUUGAACUUGUAAUUAAUUAAUGGUCUAGCUUAGAAGUAAUUAGCCUUAAUUAUGUAUCCGUCGAAACGUCCUUGAAAAAUUGUAACAAAUGAAGAGUUAAACUACACAUCUACAUAUUAUGAUUUCUAUAAUAAAAUGUAACCUGGCCUUUAGAUCAUGGGCUUUUUGGCCCAAGCAAGAUGGAUAUAACUUAAUUUAAUUGGACUGUAAUUGGUGGGGUGCGCCAGGCCCAUGCAGUAGUGCAACGCAAGGGCGACACGCGAGAAGGCCCCUGAAGCAAGCUCCAGUAGUGGGCUUUCUCCCCCUAAAAAAAUUAAUUUAAUAUCGUGUGGGCCAUUGGCCCACGUAUCAGAUAUUAAACUGAUAAGAACAGA